GACAAUUUGACACUUCUCUCAACAACUUCUAUUUUUUGGUUGAAUCAUCUCUAUUCAAGGAGCAUAUUUUACUUUUAUUUACCACUUUUUCUCAAAAAAAAAAAAAAAAAUAGGAAACGACAAAGUUCAUACGUGAACCACUCGCGUCAAUUUAAAGCCACUCUCCGGGCUACAAAACCUUCCUCUCAGGCGUGCUCCCUAUCGUGAUCCUCAUGGUAUAGUGUUUCCGUUUACUGAUAUAGUUCUAUUUUCCCUAUUUUGCUUCUGCUCUUCAGUUUCAUACAGUCGUCUGCCUAUCUCUUCGUUUCAGUCUGCGUUCUUUUAACAGUAAUGAAGUAAUGCCUUCUCCUCCCAACAUUUGUGGGACAUAUCAUAAUCAAAGUGGGAAGGAGGGAGUAAUACUUUAUCUAUUUCGUGGCGAGCUAUUGCUUUUGAUUUUUGUCAUUCUUUUUCCACUGUUCACAGUAUUAUGGAGCACAUUUUUACGCGUGUGUAUGCAUUUGCCAUGUUUGAUACUAGCGAUUUAUAUCACAUGCCCUAGAUAUUACAGGUUGAUGUGUGUCAAUAUAUGUGCGUGACUGCGUGUAGAGUAUAUUUUUGACAUAUCCUCCUACAAUCCUCCAUCAAUUGUGUAUUUGAUUAUUCUUUCGAGAUUGGUUAGAAUGUAUUUGAGAUUUACAUGCUGUUUCUAGGCUCUUCCUAAUCAGAAAACUGUGGACUACCCAAGCUUCAAGCUAGUCAUAGUUGGUGAUGGAGGGACUGGAAAAACUACAUUUGUGAAGAGGCAUCUCACUGGUGAAUUCGAGAAGAGAUAUGAACCUACCAUUGGUGUUGAGGUUCAUCCUCUGGACUUCCAAACAACCCAUGGAAAGAUCCGCUUCUACUGCUGGGACACAGCUGGACAAGAGAAGUUUGGAGGACUCCGUGAUGGUUACUACAUUCAUGGUCAAUGUGCAAUUAUUAUGUUUGAUGUUACUGCACGGUUGACUUACAAGAAUGUUCCCACCUGGCACCGUGAUCUUUGCAGGGUUUGUGAAAAUAUUCCCAUUGUUCUUUGUGGAAACAAAGUUGACGUCAAGAACAGGCAGGUGAAAGCAAAGCAAGUUACAUUCCACAGGAAGAAGAAUUUGCAGUACUAUGAGAUCUCUGCGAAGAGCAACUAUAAUUUUGAGAAGCCUUUCUUGUAUCUUACCAGGAAGCUUGCUGGGGACCCCACUAUUCAAUUCAGCGGUGACAUUGCUCUGCGUCCUCCAGAAGUACAAAUUGACCUUGAUGCACAACAAUUGCAUGAAAGAGAGCUAGAAGAUGCAGCUAACAUGCCACUUCCCGAUGAUGAUGAUGCAUUCGAAUAGUGUUCUUUUUGUGUGUGAGGGGUGGGGUGGGGUGGGGGCUUUUAUCAUUCCUACUUAAGCAAUCCCCUUGAUGUUAUUUGGUUGAGCUUUAUCUCGUUUAGGUGAACUACUUUGCCAUUGUUGGUUUCCUUUGUUGACUUUUUAUUUCUAUUUCCUUUUUACUUAUAUGGGAGCCCAGUCAUUAAUCGCCUGCUAAUCUGCAUAUAGAGUUUUCUUGUUUGGGAUCUGAAUGUGUGUUUACCUUAAAUCCCAAUUCUAAAUGCAGUGCUUGAAUCUCUAAUUUUUGUUGGGAUGAAUCAGACACUGAUUGUGUCUCCGUAC